AUGAGUGCAGCUGAGUGGAAGAAGAAAUGCCAGGAUGAUUGGGGUCUGCAGGGACUGCCAGCACCGGAGGGUCUGGACUGGAAGUGCGUGUAUGAAGCCAAACCUUUUGGAAGAAAUCUGCUCAAGAACCCUUCGCCUCUCGGGUUGAGUAAAGAUAACGCUCCGCCUGGACCUGAGUUACCUGAAGUUCCCAUGCAUGGCCCUCCGAUUUUUCAACUGGAAGGUGACUUCAGUGGAUGGACCACAAACACAGAGGUUCUUGAUUUUGAUACCAGUGGCAUUCCUGAAGGGGUCGUGGUGUGUGCUUUGCCUGAGUUCAGUUGGUUUUCCUUGGAGCAGACUGUGGACCUGAAGGCAGAGGGACUAUGGGAAGAGCUGCUGGAUGAUUGUCAACCAGAAAUUGUGAUUCAAGACUGGUAUGAGGAGAGUCAGUUGCAUGACUCAAUCUACCAACUACAUGUGAAGUUAUUGGGUGCAGACAAAAGCACGGUGAUUGCAGAGCACUCUGUCAACCCAAUUGAGGCCCGCAGGGCCGAUUCCCACACAUGGAAGGAGGUGUCCCAUGUGUUCUCUGGCUAUGGCUCGGGAGUGAGGUACAUUCACUUUUUGCACAGGCUGAAGAACCAAAGCAUCAAGUCGUACUUCUUCUACACAAGGUUUACUGGCAGCUCUGUCACUGUCAAACCGAUCAAAACUGGCUCAUAG